AUGACAGUCCGUGCCUCAACAUUAAUAAGUGUCCAAUGGCCUCCAGACCCCAUCUCCCAGGGCCCAGACACCCUCGUCCUAAGCGUGGGGACAUACUAUGUCGAUCUGAGAGUAAAUCGUGACGACGGCAGCAUCUACUGGGCUUUGGCUGGACGAAGAAUAGUCGUUUCUGAGGAGCCUCGAAAAGUAAAAUUCACACACGAAAUCGACUCUCAUCACACCAGCCCUGCUACUACAGAGGAAGAAGAGGAGAAUGGAAAAGGGGAGGAGGAGGUCGCAGAUGAAGGCCUCUUCACAAAAUUGCCUAAUGGCGAUGAUCUUGAGAUAGGCGAAAUGCCUGCUCCGCAUCGCGGGGGCAAGGUUUCAGCUUAUAGGGAGGUGUGGCGCGAGUUGAAGAUCGGGUUUGAUCAUAGUGACUCUGGCGAGGGUGAUGAGACGUGUUGGAUGUUGGAAAGUUUGGAUAUGGAGAAGAGGAAGAGGACGUUUUAUUGCAAGGUUGGGAGGUUUUUUCUUGCUUUACGGCGGAUGGAGAGUUCGGAAGUUGAGUUUUCGGCUAUCAGGCAGGAGCAAACACCUUCCCAAACAGGGGGCAAAGAGUGGGUUACUAAGUAUAGUAUUGGCAAAGAAGUGGAUGAUAUGUUCCACAUGUCGACAUCGUCUGAGUUUGUGCUGGAAAAUGUAACCACUGAUAGAGUGUCGUGGAAGGUGGACGAUCAAGUCGUUACAAAGAGCAGGGAAGAUGGUGCAGUACGGGAGGUUUGUGUUGUUAGGGCUGCCAAUUGA